CCCGCCGGCUUGACACGGAAGUCACCCAUCCGAGUCUCUCCGACGAGCCACAUCUUGAAGCCUGAUAUUUCAGGCAUCAAAAUCAUUUGGUAAAGAUGGAGAGGCCUAAGCCAGCCUAUGGCCAAGCCUGCACGCAAUGCUACAAGGCCAAGUGUCGGUGUGUGCGUACCACAAAUGGCGGAAAUUGCGAAAGAUGUCUCCGACUUAGGAAACGAUGUCAACCAUCAGAGUCGCUUCGCCGGCGGAAUGCCCAGGCGGCUGAAGAGUCCGAUGCGCGGAUUGCUCGGCUUGAAGAUAAGAUGGACGGCUUGUUAUCUGCAAUGCAAUCCUUCGUCGGUUCGGGGGCUGUCCCUCCCAUCCACGGGCAUGGCGUAUCACAGCCCUUUCCUUUCAACACUUCUUCAUCGAAUGCCACUGGUGUGGGCUUCGGUGAGGGGCCGACCACAGCAGACUCCAGUGCCACAGUGUCACCGACUUCAAAUCCAGUAUUGCAAUACCCGAACUAUCCCUCUCCUGCAUUAUCAAGCCAAGAGGAUGAACAGAUUGAAUACUUUCGAUCCCGCAUGCUGCCAUGCUUUCCUUUCAUUUACUUUACUCCAAACAUGACCAGCCGUUAUCUGCGCGAACACAGGCCUUGCUUACUCCAAGCCAUCCACACCAUUACUACGUUCUCGACACAGGAAAGACUGGUCCAGAUUGACCAUUUGAAGCGUCUCCUCUUUACUUCUUCUUUGAUCAAAGUGGAGUCAAAUAUCGACCUGCUGCUAGGAGUACUGACGUACCUAGCAUGGAGCACCGACCCUUUUCUUGGCAGAGCAGACCUCGUCUCUCGCCUCAUGAUGCUCGCCAUCUCAUUAGUAUAUGACCUACGGUUGUUCAAGCCAUCCUCGCCGGAUGUACAAAUCAUGAUGACUAUUACCCAGGGCCGGGACGAAAACAGCCAUGAACCCAACGAUGAAACGUCCAAUGCCUUGUUAGAAAGGCAGCGGGCUGUCUUGGCAUGUUUUGUUUUGAGCUCCAAUAUCUCGUCACACCUUGGCCGUCAAGACGCUCUCAGAUGGACACCUCAGAUGGAAGAGGGGCUUCGAGUCCUCACACUGACCGAGUCGUGUCCUACGGAUGCAUUGUUUGUGUCUCAAGUACGUUUGCAGCUGUUAAAGCAAAGAGCGGAUCACGUUCGACAACAGGACGAAACAGAUAUCACCGGAAUAAAUCACGGGGCUUCAGCUCCUCGCUUGUUGUAUGUCAAGAGUUUACGACGGCAGCUGCAUGAGCUAAGAGCUUCAUUCCCGUCGGAUCUACAGAUAGAUAUCCUCAACACGCACGCGCAAUAUGUCGAGUUAUACAUCAACCAGCUCGCAUAUUCCAUAAGCCGAGACUAUUUUGCUCUCAAGUCACCCGGGCGGAGAGGUGACAGCGACACCAUGCUAGGCUUCCAACGCAUCGAAUGUCUGUGGCAGUCAGUCGAGAACAUCAAAGCAUGGCUAGACUUGUUCUACAAUAUGCCUUGCUCGAAACUGAUCGGUCAACCGUUUCACUUCUGGUCACAGAUGAUCCUCAGCAUCACACUUUUGAAGUACCUCUCAACACUCCAAGACCCAGAAUGGGACUGUCAAGCGGUGCGGAACACAGUCGACCUUAUAUCGACGAUGGAUUGUAUGCUCGAGAAACUGAAUCUCCCCAGCAAGGAGCCAGAACUCCAGUGCAAUGACCACUUACUCACCUAUCUCUCGAAACUCUUAACCAAAUGUCGGGAGUGGGCGGAAGCUCGGUGGAAUACAAUCACUCAGAUACAAGACGUCGAGAGUGUCACUGGAACUACCAGUCAGGCUCACCAAAUCCCAGACCUAGACCAGAUAGUCUGGAUGCAGUCGAUGGAUCUGGGAGAUGAUGAGUGGUUUGAUAGUGUGCUGAGUAUACCCACGUUUUCUUAGAAUUGCUCUUUUCAGCUGCGCCUUACGAAAUCUCCUUCUUCUCCUACAGUUUCCAACCAAUCCCACGAUCAGACUUUUUGAUGUUUCCAGAAGAGACGAUAUAUUGAUCAUUUAAGUACCAUCUAGAGACCUAUCCCCUUUC